AUGUUCCGACAGCUAUCGCUAUUGACGAUGAUGAUGCCGGCAAUGACAUUUGCACUUGAUAGCGAGUACUUUUCAGGUGAUGCCACCGCAUACACUCUCGGUCAAGUAUCGGCUGGCAAUUGUAACUUCAUGUACGACCCCGGGGUCGGUCAUAACUAUGCAGCAUUGAACAAUGAACAAUGGGACUCGACACUUAAUUGUGGACGAUGUGCCCAAGUCUCGUGUGAUGAUUCUCGAUGCAGUAAUAAGAACAGCAUCAUUGUUUACAUUGUCGAUAGGUGUCCCGAGUGUGCGAAAGGCAGCUUGGAUUUAUCCCCGACAGUAUUCAAGGAACUUACAGGCAGUGACCCGUCUCGAUACACUAUCAAAUGGAAAUUUGUACCUUGUCCCGUGAGUGGCAACAUCAAUUACUGCACCAAAAGUGGUAGCAGCAGUUCGUGGCUGGCUGUGCAGCCUACGAACCAUGCUACUGGUGUAGCGAGCAUGAAGAUUGCCAACCAAGAAGUGACGAUGGUGGAUUCGUGCUACUUCUUUUUACUGAAUGGCGGAACAAACGUUGAUAUUUCAGCAGUGGACAUUGAAAUCACGUCAGUCGCAGGCGAGACUAUCACCGAGACCUUAUCACUUACGUCUGAUAGUUGCACUGUCGGGACGACCAACUUUAAAGAAAGCACGACCCAAACGUCGACCAUCCAGAUGCCUCCGACUAUUCAACCAACUCCGAUUCCAGCCCCAGCGCCGACGGUGCCUACGACUGCUGCACCGACGGUGCCUACGACUGCUGCACCGACGGUGCCUACGGCUGCUGCACCGACGGUGUCUACGGCUACUGCACCGACGGUCAACACUGCUACGUCGACGACGUCGUCGUACACUUUUACUAAAGGUGGCUCAUCUCAGUAUCAGUCUCAGUCUCAGUCUCAGACGCAGGAGCAACAGGAGCAGCAAGAGCAACAGGAGCAAACGGAGCAGCAGGGGCAACCGGAGCAGCAGGAGCAGAGUGAAGUGACCAAUUUUGCUUCGCUCAACGCGAACUCAAAUUCUGAUAGUGGCUCCAAGUACAAGUCAGGGUCGGUCGUAGCGGCCAAUGAGUCGGGAAGCAAAGUAAGAAUUCGUCAGACAAGUGAGAUUGGUGUCAAAGAGAUGUCUACAGCUCAGCAGGAAGAGAGAUUAGAAAGCUCCGAGCAGCCUGCUGCUUCAGACAUUGAGCACGUGAACACCAAGGCAAAAUCUAAAUUAUCGGGAACGAGUACGGUCGUCGUCGGUUUUAUCGUAUUGGCGGUUGUGUGUGGAAUCGCCUUUGCCACUGUCGUCUCUGUCGUCAAGAAGAAAAAACUGGACGACAAGCGGAUGGAUCGAGACAUGGCCAUGAUGCGAUCGUUCGAUACGUUCAGUUCCCCGGUGCGCUUUGACGCGACCAUCGCCAAGAUUUAG